AUGCCUACCACUGUCGCAGUCGCUGGAGGAACCGGCAAGCUUGGUCGGGCCAUCGUCGACGGAAUUAAAAGUGCCGGCAAGUUUGAUGUUGUAGUCCUUGCUCGUCAGGCCGACGACGAGAAGAGUAGAGAGAUAGGCGCUCGUAUUAUUGCUAUUGACUACGACAGCCCUGACGCAAUCGCCUCUGUUCUCGAGCAUCACGGCAUCGACACAGUUAUCUCAGCUCUUAGCAGCCAAUCCCCGCCUGAUCAAGAGUUAAAUCUUAUCAAAGGAUCCGAUAAGUCCACAGUGACGCGACGGUAUAUCCCCAGCCUUUGGGGCAUCCAAUACAACGAGGAAAUUGCAACCUAUUUUCCUCCCGCCGCGGUUAAGAUCAACUAUCUCAAGAGUUUGGAAUCUACAUCUCUUGAAUGGACUGCCGUGCUGAACGGAUACUUUCUCGACUAUUAUGGCGCACCUAAAGUGAAGACGUACAUGCCGCCUUUGGCACUUGUUGUCGACUUGCCCAGUGACUUUGCAGCAAUUCCGGGCUCCGGAGAUGUCCCAGUCGUCUUCACCCACACGUUUGAUAUUGGCAGAUUCGCUGCUGCCCUGCUGACGAAGGGUAAAUGGGAGAAGGAGUCAUACAUUAUCGGCGACAAGUUGACUCUGAACGAAUUCGUUCAGAAUGCUCAAGAGGUCAAGGGGACCAAGUUCACGAUCGAGCAUGACUCGAUCGACAAGUUGAAAACCGGCCAAAUCACCGAGCUUCCGACCCACCCCUCAUUCUACCCAUACUUCCCCAGAGAAAUGCUUCAAGGGAUGUUUGCAGCUUUUGGGAUCAUGUUUGAAACUGGAGUCUUUGAUCUCAAGCCUAGCCGCACCCUGAACGACGAAUUCCCUGACAUCAAGACUAAGACGGUGCGAGAGCUUAUAUCUGAGGCAUACGCGACUUGA